AUGCUAGAAAUGAAAAUUCUACCUGCUUAUAUAAAUCCCAUUGAAGUUGAUAUUCUGCCAACGGACAAUGAACUGAACUUGGCCAAAGAAGUGAACAUCACUGAGCACCUGUUAGAGCCUGCCGAGCUGGAGCAGAAGCUGAAAACCGAUCUAGUGAACGGCCUGACGACGAGUGAGGCUGAAAUGAGAUUAAAGCGAGACGGACCGAAUGCCUUCAGUCCGCCCAAGGUGACGCCUGCCUGGGUGAUGCUGCUCAAGGAGCUGGUGGGCGGAUUUGCUAUGCUCUUCUGGAUUGCCGUCAUUGCCUCCAUUAUCAUCUACUUCAUCGAAUGGCUUGACCAGGACUACAUUCUUGCAAUUGUCCUCGCUGUUGUGGUAAUCAUCACCGGAGUGUACAGCUGGAGUCAACAGCAAAGUAGUGGCAAAAUAUUCGAGUCAUUUGCGAAUAUGCUUCCCCAGCAAACGACCGUCAUUCGGGACGGCAAACAGCAAAAUAUAUCGGCCACCAAUCUAGUGGUGGGCGAUGUUGUGCUCUGCAAGGGCGGAGAGCGGAUUCCCGCCGAUGUUCGCAUUCUCAAGUGUGAAGGAAUGAAGGUGGACAAUUCAUCGCUGACCGGAGAAUCAGAGCCAUUGUCUCGGUCACCCGAAGCAGGUCAUCAGAUGCCACUGGAGGCGAAGAACAUUGCCUUCUUCUCGACGUCAUGCGUCGAUGGCAGUGGCGUUGGCGUGGUCAUUUCAACAGGUGACAACACGGUCAUGGGCAAAAUCGCCAAACUAGUCACCAACAUUCAGACCAACACAUCGCCGAUUGCUAUAGAAAUUCACCGGUUCGUCAUCUUUAUCGGCAUACUUGCGAUCGGCGAGGGAGUCAUCUUCUUUGUUGUUUGCAUGAUCAUUGGAAUGCCAGCCACUCAGUCGAUUAUCUUCUGCAUCGGCAUUAUUGUCGGCAACAUCCCUGAAGGCCUGCUUCCGGCAAUGACCGUCGCCCUGACGCUGACCGCUAAGAGACUGGCCAAAAAGAACUGCAUGAUCAAGUACCUGGAGGCGGUGGAGACGCUGGGCUCCACUUCGACAAUUUGCAGCGACAAGACGGGCACAUUGACAGAGAAUCGAAUGACCGUGGAGCACAUCUACCUGGCGGCGCGAAUCACCCGAGUGUCGCAUGAUGCAGUUGAGGUAAAGGAGGACAUGAAGGACAUUGUGCCCUCUUGGGAAGCCUAUCAAAGGUGUGCCAAGCUGUGCUCCCGCGCCGUCUUCACCGACACCUCCAAUCCGGACAUUCUGAAGCGAACCUGCAGCGGCGACGCCUCUGAGACGGCCAUUCUCAAGUUCAUGGAGUGCGUCUCGCCACCAGUGGAAGAGUACCGCCAGAGGUUCAGCAAGGUGGCGGAGAAACCCUUCAGCUCGGUGUACAAGUACCAGUAUUCGGUGCACCGAAACACCGACAAGUCGCAGCCAGGUGAUGCCAACUUUUUCUUCGUCAUGAAGGGCGCCCCAGAGCGAGUGCUCGCCGUCUGUUCGUACAUUCUGAACGAACGAGGCGAAACAGUUCCGCUGAGCGACGAUGACAAGGAGGACUUUGAGACGGCCUACCGCGAGCUGGGCUCAAUGGGCGAACGCGUGCUGGCCUUCUGCGACAUGGACCUGCAGGGCUUCGCACCGGACCACAAGUUCAACCUCGACGAGGGAAACGAUUUUGAAGUGAAGGACCUGCGCUUCAUCGGCCUAGUGGCGAUGAUCGACCCGCCGCGGGCCACCGUUCCGGGCGCCGUCAUGAAGUGCAAGGCGGCGGGCAUCGCCGUCAUCAUGGUCACCGGCGACCACCCGAUCACGGCGCAGGCCAUCGCCAAGUCGGUGGGCAUCAUCUCGGCCUCCCAUCGGCGGUCGACGCAGAUUUCACUGCCCAAAAUCGACAAGAAGGUCAACAAGGCGCGCUCCUCCGCCUCUAUAGUAGUGCCCGGCGAUGAGCUGGGAACGCUGACGGACAAUCAGCUAAAGGAAAUUCUGAGGGACUUCAAUGAGAUAGUCUUUGCGCGGACGUCGCCACAGCAGAAGCUGCGCAUUGUGGAGAAUUGCCAGAGUCUGGGCAAGAUUGUCGCAGUCACCGGAGACGGCGUCAACGACUCGCCGGCGCUGAAGAAGGCAGACAUUGGCGUGGCCAUGGGCAUCACCGGGUCGGAUGUGUCGAAGCAGGCCGCCGAUAUGAUUCUCAUGGAUGACAACUUUGCUACCAUUGUCGUUGGCGUCGAGGAAGGUCGCAAGAUUUUUGACAAUCUAAAGAAGACUAUCUCUUACAUUUUGGCCGGUAACUUCAGUACUCUUUUUCCGUUUAUUGUUUUUCUGGCAUUUGGCUUUCCCGUUUCUAUUACACCGAUCAUGAUCCUGUGCAUUUGCCUGGGAACUGACAUGGUGCCGGCCAUCAGUUUGUGCUAUGAGAAGGCUGAAUCUGAUAUCAUGAAUUUGAUGCCUCGAAACCCUAAGAAAGACUUUCUCGUCACGCAAUCGCUAAUUCUUUGGAGCUUCUUCCAGGGCGGAUUCAUUGUCACAUUUUCCGGCUACUUGGGUAAGGAGGGUAGAACUGGACUGAGUGGCAGCACUGCUUUGCGAGAAAAAAAUAAAGUUCUGCGUCACGUAUUUCAAAUGACACAAAAACAGUUUAGCGGUAGUACCGCUGCGGUACUUUUGGGCUUUUCAGAAGUGAUUUUUGCUUACCAAAACCGUUAUCCGAACAUGGAGGAAAACAGUCGUGAAGUUGUUGAAGACAGGACUGAUGAAGCAAGAGAACCUCGUGGUGAAAAAAGAAGUUUCGAUAGCUCUACCAACAAAGAGACAACGGAGGUGAAAAAGGUGCACUGGUCCACGAAACCAUACACUGUCAUUUCAGUUGACUGUCCAAUCUCCCGCUGUGACGAACAACUUCCCACGGAGGCUCGGCUGUUGAUGCACCUUGAAAAGAAGCACAAGGUUUUCGAGAACCGAUGUGUUGCGCCCAGAUGUGCUUACAGCGUUCGCCGACUGGCCAAGCUACAUAAGCACAUUAAAACUAUACAUAAAAGUAUUCAAAGUUGGAAGUGCCUAUUUUGUAGCGAAGAGUGUGACUCAUGGAACGAACUGAAGUAUCACAACUACGCGAAUCACGAGCGUGGAAGUUUCAAGUGUAGAAUCGAAAAGUGCUCAUUCACUCACAUUAACCGUCAGCCAGUAGUGGAGCACUUUAAUGAAACCCAUGGAAGUGGUAUAAAGAAGGCUCAAAAUGCCGAGAAAACAGCUGAACCGGAACAAGAUUCGCCUGGUGAACAAUCGCCAGAUGAAGCCCUAAACGAUGAGCAAAGCAAGGCCGAGAAAUCCAGCUCAUUGUUUACUAUGAUGCAAGGCUGCCUGCCGUCACUUCAAUGUAGAGACUUUUCUCAGAGAACUUUCAGGAAUAGCUAG